GGCGGCGGCCCCGCCUCCUAUUGUCGCGUUCGCCGCGGCGCGUCAACAAUAGCGGCGCCGGGGGCGGCUACGUUCGCUCGUACCCAGCAACCGCCGCUGUGCCCGCUCCUCCUCCCCCCUCCCAACGCCGCGGGGCCGAGCGAAAGGGGCGUCGCCGCCGCCGCCAUGGCCGUUUGUUGUCAGUCAGCGGCAGCGGGUUAUGGCGACGGCGGUGAAUGAAUUCUCCGGGCGGCCGAGGGAAAAAGAAGGGCUCAGCCGGCUCCAGCUCCUCGCCCCCGGCCGCCGGGACCACCCCCUCCGCGCCGCCCGGGCCGGCUCCCCCCGGGCCGCCGGCGGCGGCGGCUGCGUCCCCGCACAAGCGGAACCUGUACUACUUCUCGUACCCGCUCUUCGCCGCCUUCGCCCUGCUCCGCUUCGUCGCCUUCCAGCUGGGGCUGCUCUUCGCCUGGCUCUGCGAGCGCCUCUCCCGCGGCGCCCUCAUGGCCGCCAAGGGCAGCAGGGCCGCGGCCGGCGGGGCGCCCGAGCCCGGCGGGGCGCCCGAGACGGUGCGGGCCUGCCACAAGCGGGCCUUCGAGUGCAUCUCCAUGGCGCUGCGCAUCGACGAGGACGAGAGAGCAGGACAAAAGGAACAAGCUGUUGAAUGGUAUAAGAAGGGAAUUGAAGAACUGGAAAAAGGAAUAGCUGUCGUAGUUAUUGGUCAAGGUGAUCAGUGUGAACGGGCUCGACGUCUGCAGUCUAAAAUGAUGACAAAUUUGGCAAUGGCCAAGGAUCGCUUGCAGCUUUUAGAGAAGCUGCAGGCAGUUUUGCAAAUUUCCAAGCCGCAAAUGGAGGUCUAUAAUGACAGUACUAACCUGGCAUGCCGCAAUGGACAUCUCCAGUCAGAGAGUGGAGCAGUUCCAAAAAAGAAGGAUCCGUUAACACACACGAGUAAUUCUCUUCCCCGUUCAAAAACUGUUACAAAAACUGGACCCACAGGCCUUUCAGGUCACCACAGAACACCUAGCUACAGUGGGAUAUCAGCUUCUUCAUUAUCUAGACCAGCAACUAAUCCUGCAGCUUCAACUCACAAGGCUGCUCCUAAAAACAGCAGAACAAAUAAGCCUUCGACUCCUACCACUGCUGCUCGAAAAAAGAAAGACAUGAAGGUAUUUAGAAAUGUGGACAGUAAUCUAGCUAAUCUCAUCCUGAAUGAAAUUGUUGAUAGUGGGCCAGCUGUCAAAUUUGAUGAUAUUGCUGGGCAGGAAUUGGCUAAGCAAGCCCUGCAAGAAAUUGUUAUCCUUCCUUCUCUUAGACCUGAGUUAUUUACAGGACUUAGAGCUCCUGCACGUGGACUAUUGCUGUUUGGCCCACCAGGAAAUGGGAAGACAAUGUUGGCCAAAGCAGUUGCUGCAGAAUCAAAUGCUACCUUCUUUAAUAUAAGUGCAGCAAGCCUAACUUCAAAAUAUGUGGGUGAAGGGGAGAAACUGGUACGUGCUCUAUUUGCAGUAGCCAGAGAACUUCAACCUUCUAUAAUUUUUAUAGAUGAAGUUGAUAGCCUUUUGUGUGAAAGAAGAGAGGGUGAGCAUGAUGCCAGUAGACGUCUAAAAACGGAGUUUUUAAUAGAAUUUGAUGGUGUGCAGUCUUCUGGAGAGGACAGAAUACUAGUGAUGGGAGCAACCAACAGGCCACAGGAGCUUGAUGAUGCUGUUCUCAGACGAUUCACCAAACGGGUGUAUGUAUCUUUACCAAAUGAGGAAACAAGAUUGAUUUUGCUAAAAAAUCUCCUAAGCAAGCAAGGAAGUCCACUGACCCAAAAAGAGCUGGCACAACUAGCUAGAAUGACAGAUGGAUACUCUGGUAGUGAUCUGACUGCAUUAGCAAAAGAUGCAGCACUGGGUCCCAUUCGAGAACUAAAACCAGAACAGGUGAAGAAUAUGUCUGCCAGUGAGAUGAGGAAUAUCAAAUUAUCGGAUUUCACUGAGUCUUUGAAGAAGAUAAAGCGCAGUUUGAGCCCUCAGACUCUGGAAGCAUACAUUCGCUGGAACAAAGAUUUUGGAGAUACCACAGUGUGAAACACUAUUUAAAGUGAGACAAAGUGCUGCCUAAAGAGCAAUUAGUACUGACUACUGGAAAGCAGCCAGAGUUUACAGACUUUACAGAUCUUUAAGUAUCUGCACUAAAACUUGAGAUUAAGGAAAAAAAAAUACAUAAUGUGAAAAGCAUUCAUCAAGGCCUCCUUGCCAUUUAGUCAGGAUUUACACGCUGUAAGUAAGAGCACAAUAAGACUUGGGAUAAGAUUCUUAGCAAUCCGAUCUUGGUUUGAAAAAUAAUUUCUGUAUUUUGUUUGAUCUAGAAAGCUCUGAUGAUAUUAAUCAUUGGAAGACCUAUUUCCUAAGUUGGGGAGUGGGGGGAGGUUGUUUUGUUUGUUUAAUUUUGCCAUGACACUGAUGUCUGGCUUUCUGAUGAUUACUAACUUAUAAUUGGAAUUUUGUAAACUUUCGUUCAGUUUUUGACUUUUUUAUCCUUAAUGUGCCAAAUAAUUUCCCUAUGCAAAAACCAGCAGUAUUGGGAGAUUACUGUUAUUAAAAGGUACAAAGCAGCUGGUCUGUUAUUAUUUGUCUUUUUGUUUAGUUGUAAUGUGACAACAUUGUUAACAGAACUUUUUUUUUUAAAAAAAAAGACCUUUGAUAGCAGAACAGCAAGAGCCUGAUAAAACCAGUUGAAAGGUUUUAUAAAAAAGACUAAAUAAAAAAAAGAUAUUCAUUUAUUGGCAGUAUUUUCUCUUAAUGCGUUUUGUAACUCUUCCAUUGGUAGAAUGUUAGCUUAUGCUUAUGGUGUAUAACUUAAAGCCCAGCUGAUGUUUGAGAGAGUAAGUGAUGCUAAUUGUCAAGUUUCAGAAAUGAAGUGUUUAGACUCUGUAUUUUGGUCUGUUUAUGAUAAUUGAAAGUAAAAUUUCCAUUGUGUUCAUUUUAAUCUACAUAUGUGAACAUUAAAAUAAGAGGCUACAUGUUUAAUAACUGGCACAUGUUAAUGUUUUUAUAGCUUUCAUAUGUUUGGGUUUAUAUAUUAAAGUAUGAAACAGACUCAGCUGAUUUGCUUUUUUAAAAAUAACUGCAUC